UAUUCUUAUAUUCAUUGCUUAAAAAAUACAAUUGUGUGUCAAAUUAAGCACAGUAACCUUUAAAAAACACAGUGAGACUGAAGUUGAAAUGUAAAUGAUGAACUUCUUAUCCAGUAGUAUAAAGAUGUAGAAAGUCAACAAUAUAGUAAUAACUGACAGCUGGAGAACAGAGGAGAAGAAGUUCAUCAUGAGGAGAGGAGGGGCAACCAGCCAGAAGAGAUGUAUAUAAGGCUGCAGACCGUAGGAGGGACUUCAUCCUCCGGCCUGCUGGGAUGUUGGACGGGUUUAUCUGUCCUGUUUUGGAAUAAACUCUUUUUGCACCGACUCUUGACCGUCUCCAGAGAAGUUCUUGUCUGCAAGUUUUUUGACUGUUGUGGGGAUUUAAUAGAGUAUUUUUUGACCAAGUUUUAUUAAGUUGGUGAAGGUGGGGACCAGGCUUAACAUCUGACCCGACACAAGGUUUCAAGAGAAUCAUUGGAGUGAAGAAUGUGGAACUACAGAGCGUCUGUGAAACUGAUGGCAGUAAAUGGUCAACGGCGGCCCCGCUGUGGUGGAUCACUGAUCCGUAAGCAGUGGAUUCUGACUGCAGCUCACUGCUGGGAGGAUGGACGGUGAUAAAGAUUUUCUUAUUCUUAACUAAUAACAAUCUGAAAGCCCUGAAGCGGUGAUCAGCAAUGACUUGAUGUUAAGCUGUAGCUUUAGCCCUAAAUGAAGAUCGUCUGUUCAGCAUGUUCAUGUUAGUUUAUGUUAAUGUUCAGUACAAUAUUAAAAUGAUUAACCACUUCCUCCUCUUAAAAACUACAGUGAGCUGCUGUUUUAGGAGAUUAUUUAGCUCUUUUAAUCAAACUCUAUAUCUUUGUGACCUGAUGUGAGCUUGAGACUCAGACUAUUUAGAAUUGUAUACAAAUGUAAUAAAAACAUUCAGAGUUCUGCUCUCGUGUACAUUUAUAGAACAUUUAAACGUGAUAACUUGUAUGAAUUUAAUACAACUUGUAUGCUGGAUAAUCCUGAACCAAUAAAACGUCCGGCGUCGUCUGUGCAGCAGCACCUGAACAGGUGGUGGAAGCAGGAAAAUCUCUCUAUCGUCUUCUCGCAUUCCUGAUUAAAUCUCCUGUUUUCUGAUUAACUGCAUCACUUGUGGAAAACAGAAGCCCACUGUUUGGCCUCUGAGUCUGUUUGGGCUCCAAAGAAACCUCCGGAUUUUCCGUCAGAAUCUAACAGAGCUUCCACCUGCUGCUCAGUAACAGACAGAUAAAGACAAUAAAGAUGAAGAACAAAGAGAUGAUGACAGAUAAUCCUGUCAGCUUCAACAGAAAGCAGCCGCGCCUCCUAUAACGGAAGAUCAGCAGUCCAGUAAGUUGGUUCUUCUUUGAUUAAAGGCAACUUUAUUAUGGAAAAAAGAGCACGGCAGCAAAAUAUGAGCUGGAAUCUUAAAGCUGCCUGAAGUCCAGAGGAAGAGGUGAACACGAACCUCCUGAAGGACUUUAUCACACAGCUGGAAACUCCAGACGGUCUGAAUCUGAACCCCUCCAUGACUCCAGAUGCUGCUGAAGGUCGCUCUGCAGUUACACCGACAGACGCUGGUCGGCGGUGGCGCUGCGGCGUUUCCGGCCGUGCGGGCUAACUUCCGGUUUAGCCCUCCAGCUAACGCGAAUGGCGUCAUGAACUUGGCGCGGUGAAGUCAGCUGGGACGGAAGAACCGGACCUGCCGGGAGCUGCUGCUGCACUACGGUGGCCGGGAACCGCCCUGAGCCGCAGUUUCAGAGGGAUCUCAGCCUGAAGAGCAGUCCGGGAGGAGACCGGGAUGGACCGGCGGAACCGGGAGCCCCGGAGCGGGGUCCCCGGGAGCCCAGCGGCAGGCUCGAGCUCCGACAGCCCCGGUGUUCAGGAACAGAGAGGAAGAGAUGAACUCAAACGUCACCGCUGUCAGCACUGUGACAAAUCCUUCACAAGAUCUUCCGCUUUAAAGAUUCAUCAGAGAGUUCACACUGGAGAGAAACCGUACAGCUGUGACCAGUGCGGGAAAACUUUCACUCAGUCAGGUAACCUAGAAAUCCACAAACGUUUUCACACUGGAGAGAAACCGUACAGCUGUGACCAGUGUGGGAAAACUUUCACUACAGCAGGUGCACUAAAAAUCCACCAACGUAUUCACACUGGAGAGAAACCGUACUGGUGUGACCAGUGUGGGAAAACUUUCAAUCAGUCAGGUGAACUAAAAAUCCACCAACGUGUUCACACUGGAGAGAAACCGUACUGGUGUGACCAAUGUGGGAAAACUUUCACUCAGUCAGGUACCCUAGAAGUCCACAAACGUAUUCACACUGGAGAGAAACCAUACAGCUGUGACCAGUGUGGGAAAACUUUCAUUGCGUCACGUAAACUAAAAAUUCACCGACGUGUUCACACUGGAGAGAAACCGUACUGGUGUGACCAGUGUGGGAAAACUUUCACUACAUCAGGUGAACAACAAAUCCAUCAACGUAUUCACACUGGAGAGAAACCGUACUGGUGUGACCAGUGUGGGAAAACUUUCAUUAGAUCAGGUAAACUGAAACUCCACGAACGUAUUCAUACAGGAGAGAAACCAUACAGCUGUGACCAGUGUGGGAAAACUUUCACUACAUCAGCUGAACUAAAAAUUCACCGACGUGUUCACACUGGAGAGAAACCAUACUGGUGUGAUCAGUGUGGGAAAACUUUCACUCAGUCAGGUACCCUAGAAGUUCACAAACGUAUUCACACUGGAGAGAAACCGUACAGCUGUGACCAGUGUGGCAAAGCUUUCAUUGAGUCAAGUAAGCUAAAAAUUCACCGACGUGUUCACACUGGAGAGAAACCGUACUGGUGUGACCAAUGUGGGAAAACUUUCACUCAGUCAGGUGCCCUAGAAGUCCACAAACGUGUUCACACUGGAGAGAAACCGUACAGUUUUGAACAACGUGGGAAAACCUCUGCUCACAGUAGUCACCUUAAAGUCCACCAACACAGUCACGCUGCUUUGUUGUGAACAUUUUUCAGAGAAAUGUUAGCUGUUUCCUCCUGCCUCCUCCUCCUGUAGCAUCUCUACAAACUGACAAAUAAACAACAGUAACUUCA